CAGCGGCAUUAAAACAAUACAAACACUCAGACAACGACCCAGCCCGUCCAAGAGAUUCACAAGCAACGACGUCAUGACCACGCCCCCCGUAUCCAUGACGUCAUUCAACCAGCAUGCUGUGCAGCCGGGCUCACAAAUCCGAGCAGCUCUGUAUAAAGAUCCUGAGCACAGAGAAGCUGCUGGCCUUCAUCGACACUCUCAGAGUGCACCCCUUCGUCAAGACCCCAGAUAAACCGAGCAGCCCUCAGGAGGGGGCACCAGUGAAGGAGAGGCUCCGAGCCUCUUUGGGGGUCUCCAUCGGGGGGAGGCGCCUCGAGGGAGAUGCAGGGGACUGUCCCGGGACAGUGCUGCCUGUGGAACCCCUGAGGGGUGGGAUCGUGGCCAGCAGGGUCCCCGAGCACGGCCAGCCGGGGGAGAAAGCAGCCGCAGGAGAGCUGGGAUCUGGGGCCCUGGAGGGAGGGCAGGGGGGCGCCGCUGACGAGAGCAGCCGGGGCCUGGAGAGCUUGCCCCCCGCGGGGUGCGCAGGGGAGCUCCGGGGGGUCGUUUUGGAAGGGGCGCGGAGACCCAGAAGAGGGGAGAGAAGAAGGGCAGGAGAGAGCGCACUGGCAGAAUGGCGUGUCGAGUCGGUAGAGGUUUGGGAUCUGGUGGGGCUCUCUGGGGGUGCAGAGAGGGCGCCCCCAGACACCCAGACUGAGGUGCGGCACCAGUACCCCGAAACCCAGCUCCCACCACCCCGCUACAGGUGUGUGGAGUGCGGGGCACGAUUCGGAGAGGAGACGGCUCUCCACGAACAUUACAAUCAGCAUGCCAUAGGGGAACAGGGGUAGCAUUUAAAAACAGGAUGUAAACUCACAUGCUGUGAGGCUUUCUGAAUCACAGGGGAAAAACAAAGUACAUAUUUCAACAGCUGUUGAGUCUGCGGGUUUCACAAACUAUUGCGAAAUAAACUUUUGCACAUUUUUUUUUAAUUUUAACUGCCAUCCUUUUCCUGCUAUUUCAGUCUUCUGUGUAAUUGUGUUACAAUGACUCGGAUUUUGUGACACGCAAUUUAAAAAAUGUAAUGUGUCAAGUCAUCAAUAAAGAGGGCUAGGUUGUGAUUAUUUUUUUUUAUUAUUUUUCAAAGGAAAAUGCAUUUGCCGCAUCAAGGGUUAGUGCAAUGUGCAUGUGCAGGGACACGGUUUACAGCAAUGUGCAGUGCACUGCGUGCGUGUGCAGGGACACGGUUUACAGCAAUGUGCAGUGCACUGCGUGCGUGUGCAGGGACACGGUUUACAGCAAUGUGCAGUGCACUGCGUGCGUGUGCAGGGACACGGUUUACAGCAAUGUGCAGUGCACUGCGUGCGUGUGCGUGUGCAGGGACACGGUUUACAGCAAUGUGCAGUGCACUGCGUGCGUG